UCCUGGGUUGGCUGGAAUUUCCUUCCCUGGCACAUGCACCAGUCACUGCCUGUCUGCUGCCCCGGGAGACCCCAUGCCCAGGAGCUCACCCCCCCGUGGUCACCUGAGGGGUCUGACUCUGCAGUGUCGCAGGAUUUCCUGUCUAUGAUCGAGUGACUGAGAAACUGCGCAGAGGAUGGCGGAUGGGGCGUACUGUAUGAUCCAGGACGAUGAUUCCUCAGACUCCGAUUCCUGCUGGUUGGACCCUGGGAACUUGGAACAACUGUCCAGCAUUAAAGCAGAAGAUGAAUGGGGGGUUUAUUCGCAUUCAAGGUCUUUUAAAGCGCACUUCAGUUCAGAUGAAGAAGUAGUGGACACAAAGCUGUUUGAAGAUGCCGCAAACAUCAGCUCUCAUGGAUUGCAACCCAACUUUGGACAUAUGAGAAGCAAGCACGGCAGAGGAGCUUACAGGCCGCGUGAGCGGGUGCAGAGCUCUGAUAGGUCCUCUCCUGAGAAGUCCAUUGCCAGGGAGAGAAGUGCAGUUGACUCCGCUGGGAACAUAACAUUAAUGACCGAGACUAUAUAUAAGUGCAAUAAGUGCGACAAGACUUUCUACACUCGAUCAGGCUACCGGAAACAUCAGAGAAACCACUCUGAGGACAGCACCAACAUCUGCGAGGCUUGUGGAGAGGCCUUCACCAGCUGGACUAGUUACAAUCUCCACAAGGAGGCCCACACGGAGGGGAAGCCUUGGGCUUGCACGGUGUGCCACAAACAUUUCAGACUUCAGUCCCACCUGGCCAGGCACGAGAGGACCCACACAGGGGAGAGACCCUACACUUGCGCAGUGUGCGGAAACUGCUUCGCCCAAAGCUCCAACCUCUCCUCCCACAUGAGGACCCACACUGGCGAGAAGCCGUACGUGUGUGGCGAGUGUGGCAAGUCUUUCACUCACAACUCCCAGCUGACUGUCCACCGGACGGUCCACUCCGGAGAGAAACUCUUCAAGUGCCCAGAAUGUGGGAAAGGCUUUGGAAGAAGCUCCCACCUGGCCUCCCACCAGAGGACCCACACGGGGGAGAAGCCCUACACCUGUCCCCACUGCGGGAAGAGUUUCAGCAGCAGCUCCAACCUCAUCUUACACCAGAGAACCCACACUGGGGACAAGCCCUAUGCAUGCGUUCUAUGCGGGCGCAAGUUCAGCAGCGGUUCCAGCUGCGCCAGACAUGAGAAGAGGCAUACCGGCAGAAAGUCCUACCCGUGCAGAGGGUGCGGGGAAGACUUCAGCAGCAGCGAAAGCUAUAUGCGCCACUUGUGUGUCCUUAUAAGUUAAAGAAUGUUGACUUUGUGCGGUUUGGGGACCAGGAUCUAUUAACAUAGUGGCAUUUUGUUGUACUUCAGUAGGCUGGAGGCACUAGAAUUAAUCCGGAAAUGUCCGGGAUGAAACUAUUCUAUUAAUUAUUAGUUAUUUAUAGUUAGACGUGAUCAAGCUCAGACACCAGUCAGGCCAGUCACUUCCGCGGAAUCCUCUAAGGCACAGCUGGAAUUAAGUAGUCACUCCCUAUGCGUACAGUAUGUGAAGCAUUGCAGCUACAUGUGGGGUACAGGCGCCCCCCGGAAUUUAUGCUGCAGCAUCCUUGUUAGAAGGCCAGGGACUAUCACCUGCCUUUAUAUUAAGUGGUGCAAAACAGAGACUGGCAAAACAGCAUUUCAAACGGUUUCCUCUCAACAAAGGGAUAAUAGGACAGACGGCAUGUUAUAUUAUUCUUCAGUUUAGUCAUAUAGAGGUUUAGAUGUACUUUAAAUUGAAAAUCUUAUUUCACUGUGAGGUAAAAGAAAAAGUCUGACUUACUGUAUAUGUCAAUGGUUGCGAAUAAAGACGUGCACACACUGAGAACGCACCGUC